AUGCGUCUUUUUCGACGAUUUCGAAAAACGAAUCCACCAACAUCUUCUCCCACAUCACUACAAACAGUUGUAGUAAACAAAGCGUCGAACUCACCUUCGAAUAACUCUUUGCUGACAUCUACUUUCUCUGAACCAUAUAAUAACUCCAAUGGCAAAUCAAUGCCUAUUGCACACUCUAUACCUGUAUCUCGUACAGAUGUACGGCAUAAAAAUGAAGUGGAAGUGGAACUCAAACCACCACCACAACAGCAGCAGCAGCCGCAGCAAACAAGGAACACAUUUCAGAAUAAUGUGUCUCCAAUGUCUACAGUAUCUUAUCCUCCUGUGGUACGUCCAAUAGGUAUUACAAAUAAUCGAGUACCAGCAAUGUUCUUCGAUGAAAAUACUCCUUCACAGCAUUAUCAAACACCGAAACGUCGUAUUCUAACCAAUUCCGCACAAACUCAAACGUUCAAUCAAAAUGAUCAGUAUCUUCAACAAUUAAAAGCAUUGAACGAAGAAACCGUAGUGAAAAACGAAAAGAUUCAUAUUCUACUACGUGAAUUGACUGACUGUCAGGUAAUAAUCAAACAGCAGGAACAACAAUUGGUGAACGGUAAAAAAGAACGCGAUCAAUUGUGUAGUAUCGUCGAUGAGCGAUCGAACGACUUACGUAAUCUUAAGCAAAAGAAUGAACAAUUGGAGCAAAUGAUAAGAAAUGAACACGAACAUAAAACCGACGAAAAGAAGCUUAUCUCUCUCCUACAAGAAUCUCAAGAAGAGCGCGAACAAUUAAUAAAUCAACAGAGACAAACUCAUGAACGUAUUUACAAGUUUGAAGAACAACUGAAGUAUUAUGAAAAUGAUGCCGCGAAAAUGCGCGACCAUCUCCUAUGUUCGAAACUGAAAUUAGAUAAGAAAACAGAUGAAAACGAAUGUUUAACUAAUGAAUUAGCCAAUAUGAAAAAACGUUGUGAUCGUCUCGAACAAGAAAAUCAAAAGUUCAAAUUACAAAUUGAUUUCGAACGAAAAAAAAAUGAAGAAUGUACGAAAUUGAAAGCAUUAGUCGAUAUCGAACUGCAGAAUUCAAUCGAAAAAUUCCGUUCGCAACGAUACGAAUAUGAAACCAAAAUAGGUAGUUUAGAUGAAGCAUUAAAAUAUUCGCAAAAACAAAACCAAAUUCUUCAACAAAAUCAACGUCUAAUCGAUGAAAAACACGAAAACGAUGUUCAUCAAUUGAAACAUCACAUUCGCGAAUUGGAAGUGAAGAUCGAAGAAGUCAUUAAAGACAAAGCUCUCUUGUCGAUUCGUUGUGGCGAAUUGAUUGAUGAAAAUCGCAAAUUGGAAAAGGCUCUGACAGAUAAAGAAGAUGAUUACGACGAAAAACUUUGUUGCUAUAAAGAGAAGAAUUUAUGUUUAUCUACACAAGUCGAAGAGAUGGAAAAGAAAUUAAAUGAAACAAAAAAACAAUUAGAUAUAGUGACCAUGGAAAAAGACGAAACUCUAGCGGAUAUGUUAGUCGCUGUUCGUGUGGCAAGUGAACUGAGAUACGAUGCGGAGGAUCGUUUGAAUAAAGCGAAUGAUGAUUUGAAACGAGUGACUGAACAUAUCGCGCAAGAGCGAGCGAUGAAUAAAGCUGUGCAACGAAAACAAAUGCAAGGCAAUCGAAGUUCCGAUGAAGCAACUGAUUAUGGUCAUGUGAAAAUCAAAGAUAUGAUUCGUACAUUAGAAGCCAAUUCCCGAAAUCAUCCUACCAGCAAUCCUGUUGAAGCCAGUGCUCGUCAACGUCCACUUUCUCAUCCCACUUCUCGAUUGGAAACGAGUGCCGAACCGACAGUUCACCAUCAUCGACCGUUUGAUACAUCGACUGACGAUGCGAAAAUCUUAUCUUCUACAAAGACUGAAUCUCCUCAAUUGAAUCUUACUCAACGCUCUGAUGUUGGCAUGCGAUCGAUAACGAAUGAACAAUACGCUGAAAUGAAAUCCAUUGUUGAAACUGUCUUUGCUCGAAUGCCGGGCAGCGUUUGUAAACGUGAUGCUUUACUAAAAUGGUGUGUCGAAAAAUUAGCAGCUUAUGGAAUACAAAUCACGAACUUUUCGAAUUCAUGGACUGAUGGUAUUGCAUUUUGUUCCUUGUUACAUGCGUUUUUACCUGAUCGAGUCGAUCUUGAAAUGAUUAAGAAAGAAAGCAAAAAAAAACGUUUUGAAAUCGCCUUCGAUAUUGCCAGUAGUGUUGGAAUCGUUUCUGUUUUGGAUGUUGAUGAAAUGUGUUCAUCGGAAUGGCCUGACUGGGAACGUGUGAUGUAUUAUAUUGCUUUAAUUUUUCGUCACUUUGAAGGCACGACACUAACAGAACCAAUUUCACCUAUCCUACCUAUCCCGCAAGCAUCAUCCUCACCAUUAUCAUCGACAUUUAACACAACGUCGUCUCCUUCGCUGUGUGUUUCAUUACGAUCACCUAAUACAAUCCCGACAAAACUUUGCUCGCCAUUACAAACUGUGUAG